AUGACAGCCGUCCGAGACAGCGACAGCUUUUAUACCACGUCCCACCCGUCCGAUCGCACCGGCAACUACUCCACCGACUCGGACAGCGAUAUGGACCGACGCAACCCAUACUAUCGUUUCCUCUCUCCCUCUCCUUCUCGGCACACGCCGAGAUCGCAGCGCUCGCGCUCCACCUCUGUACCCUCCGUCUACUUCAACGGGUACCUCGAGCACUACCCGAUCGAGUCCCGACGACGGAAAGAAUACCCAACCUACUUCUACCAGCAUGGCCACUCUCGCCGGCACCACCGCAGCGGUCGUCAGCCGCAACGCUACCAUCGCAACUCCCAACUCGUCAACCCCGAUGUGAUCGAUCGUCUCGACGACGCCGUCGACUUCCACUAUCACCACGAGGGGCCAUACGAUGCCGUGUACGCCGAGAGAAACCACAACAGCAAGCUCAGCCCCGUUCAGGCUCUCAGCGAGUCCAACGCCGAAGCACUCAAGGCAACGCCGCCAGACAAGAUUCGCGACUGUCUUGACAGCCACCGCCCCUUGGACGGCGUCGCUUAUUAUCCCCCUGGCACGACCGACCGGGAGGGGCAAACUUACGUAUACGAGGAGGGCCCCAACAUGAUGAACGAGUAUGGAAAUUUCAUGCGGUGCCCCGGAAUGAAAUUCACCGAUGAGGAUUUCAAGAACGACCCUUUCUACAACUCGCCUCUUCCGAAGCCUUUUGCGCAGCUGCGGAAGGCGCUGAGUAUCCGUCGCCACUCUCGCCGGGGAACCACCUGA